UGUGGACUGUGAAUGAGUGAAAGCUGGUGCCUUUGUGUAUAUAUAUUACUUAAUACACAUAUAGCCCCUCUGCCAGAGACCCAGACCAUAUUAAGUGAGGAGAGAGUGGAAGAAGAAAAUGGACCCUGUAGCUCUACCUCUCUCACCGCAUUCUUAAAAGUAGACCAAAACUAGGAGACACCCUUUUCUUGUUACCUCUCUCUCUUCUUCUUCUUCCUAUUCUCUUUCGCCAUUUUCAUUCUCUGCAUUCAGUUGCAGAGUCUUGUCUACUACCCAAUUGGUAUCAGACGAAGAUAAGGGAAAAAAGAGAGGGAAAAUGGAGAUGAAUAUUUGUUCCAAGUUGUGUUUGUUGAUGGGUUUGGUUUGUGCUUUGAGUUUAGAAUUGAUUCACUGUAGUGUCACUUAUGAUAGGAAGGCCAUUGUGAUUAAUGGGCAAAGAAGAAUUCUUAUCUCUGGUUCAAUACAUUACCCCAGAAGCACCCCCGAGAUGUGGGAAGAUCUGAUACAGAAGGCCAAAGAUGGAGGUCUUGAUGUGGUUGAAACCUAUGUGUUCUGGAAUGUGCACGAGCCUUCUCCCGGAAAUUACAAUUUCGAAGGGAGAUAUGAUUUGGUAAGGUUCAUAAAAACCAUACAGAAAGCAGGUCUCUAUGCUCAUCUUCGCAUUGGACCAUAUGUUUGUGCAGAGUGGAAUUUUGGAGGUUUUCCUGUUUGGCUAAAGUAUGUUCCCGGAAUCAGCUUCAGAACAGACAAUGAGCCUUUUAAGAAUGCAAUGCAAGGGUUCACUGAAAAGAUUGUGAGGCUGAUGAAGAGUGAACAUUUAUUUGAGUCUCAGGGAGGUCCCAUCAUACUGUCUCAGAUUGAGAAUGAAUAUGGAGUACAAAGUAAGUUAUUUGGCCCUCCUGCUCAUAACUACAUGACUUGGGCUGCAAAAAUGGCUGUUGGGUUGGACACUGGAGUGCCUUGGGUUAUGUGCAAGGAAGAAGAUGCCCCAGAUCCAGUGAUAAACACGUGCAAUGGUUUCUACUGUGACACUUUCACUCCCAAUAAACCUUACAAACCUACCAUUUGGACAGAGGCUUGGAGUGGCUGGUUUACAGAGUUUGGUGGUCCACUUCAUCAAAGACCAGUUCAGGAUUUGGCAUUUGCGGUAGCUCGAUUCAUUCAGAGAGGAGGAUCAUUUGUUAACUACUACAUGUAUCAUGGAGGUACGAAUUUUGGACGUACAGCUGGUGGACCUUUCAUCACUACCAGCUAUGACUAUGAUGCCCCAUUAGAUGAAUAUGGUUUGAUCAGGCAACCCAAGUAUGGUCAUCUUAAGGAGCUUCAUAGAGCUAUUAAGAUGUGUGAGCGACCUCUAGUUUCAGCCGAUCCUAUCAUUACUUCUCUGGGAAGUUUCCAACAGUCUCAUGUAUACACCGCAGAAAAUGGAGACUGUGCAGCUUUUCUCUCAAAUUAUGAUACAGAGUCAGCUGCAAGAGUGUUGUUCAAUAACAUGCAUUAUAACUUGCCUCCUUGGUCCAUCAGCAUUCUCCCUGAUUGCCGGAAUGUAGUUUUUAACACUGCAAAGAUUGGUGUUCAAACAUCAAAGAUGGAAAUGUUGCCAACUAAUGCAGAACUGUUCUCGUGGGAGAGUUAUAAUGAAGAUGUUUCUUCCAUAGAUGACAGAUCAACAUUCACAGCUCCAGGUCUCUUGGAACAGAUAAAUGUCACAAGAGACACUAGUGAUUACUUGUGGUACAUAACUAGUGUUGAUAUCAGUGCAUCUGAAUCGUUUUUGCAUGGAGGGGAACUUCCCACUCUCAUUGUUCAAUCAACAGGCCACGCUGUUCAUGUCUUUAUCAACGGACAGCUAACUGGUUCUGCCUUUGGAACAAGGCGAAGCAGGAGAUUUACAUAUAAUGGCAAGGUCAAUCUUCAUGCUGGAACAAACAGAAUUGCGCUUCUGAGUGUCGCUGUUGGAUUACCGAAUGUGGGAGGACACUAUGAAACAUGGAGCACCGGAAUCCUUGGUCCAGUUGCGCUGCAUGGACUCAACCAAGGAAAGUGGGACUUAUCCUGGCAGAAGUGGACCUAUCAGACUGGUCUGAAAGGAGAAUCCAUGGAUCUUGUCUCUCCAAACCAAUUUUCCGCUGUUGAAUGGAUGCGUGGAUCAUUAGCUCAGCAAAGACCACAACCAUUGACAUGGCACAAGACUUAUUUUAAUGCGCCUGAAGGAGACGAACCGCUUGCCCUGGACAUGGAAGGCAUGGGGAAAGGACAAAUAUGGAUUAAUGGCCAGAGCAUUGGGAGAUACUGGACUGCUUAUGCUAAUGGUAACUGCAACGGAUGCCAUUAUGCUGGAGGUUUUAAACCUCCCAAGUGUCAGCUCGGCUGUGGACAGCCCACUCAACGAUGGUACCAUGUUCCUCGGUCUUGGUUGAGGCCAACACAGAAUCUCUUGGUACUUUUUGAGGAACUUGGAGGUGAUCCUUCAAGAAUUUCUCUUGUGAAAAGGUCUGUGUCCAGUGUGUGUGCUGAGGUCGCCGAGUACCACCCAACGAUAAAGAACUGGCACAUUGAAAGCUAUGGAAAAUCAGAAGAGUUCCACAGUCCAAAGGUUCAUCUGCGGUGUAAUCAAGGCCAGUCUAUCGCUUCUAUCAAAUUCGCCAGCUUUGGAACUCCUUUGGGAACCUGUGGAAGUUACCAGCAAGGAACUUGCCAUUCACCUGCUUCAUAUUCUGUCAUAGAGAGGAAAUGCAUAGGGAAACAAAGAUGUGCAGUCACCAUAUCCAAUAGUAACUUUGGGCAAGAUCCAUGUCCUAAAGUGUUGAAGCGUCUGACAGUCGAAGCUGUUUGCGCUCCGAUGGUUUCAACAACCUUCAACCCAGUUGGAGGGGCCAAUUAAGCACAGGAGAAUGACUUGACUACUUGACAACAUAGAAGAAUAAGAGAAAUAGUACAGAGAGAGUGAAGAUUGGAAAGACAGUAAAAGGUCAGAGAGCAUGAUUUAGUUAGAUGGAACGCCAUAGUUUUCUUAAGUUUUGAGUGUUUUUACUGCCAAAGGCAAUUAGUUGCUCAUUUAUGUUGAACCCUUUAGAGAAAGUUUGUAUAUUCCUAAGGUCCUACAAUUUUUUGGGUCCUUAGGAGGACUUAGGUAGAGAGUUUCAGUUCAGUUGAGGCCCCAGUCCCCGGCCUUUUAACGGGUUAUUGGCACUGGGAAUUGAGGUGGGUUGGUGGUUGUGGUGUCUAUUGAGUGAUUUAUUAUUAAUUAUUCUGUUUUAUUUUUGGGGCUACCAAGAAGAACAACACAAAACCCCAGUUGGGUUCAUGUUAGGAGCGGAUCCUAGGAUGACCAUAUUUGUUUGUAUGUGCAGUAUCUGAUGAAUGAAUUUAUAAGUGCCUUACAAGUA